CGGGCAAACACAUCCAGAAUAAAUCAUCUGUGCUCCAACAAAUCCACGCUAAUAAACGCCCCACGUUGGAUAAACUUAUUUAAAAUACAUAAAUGUACUCAUUUCAUCCGCUCCAUGCAAACAAACUGAACGCGCCUUUAAAAAAACGUGCCGGAUCUGGAUGUAGACGGUGAGGAGGUCAUGAAUCUGGCAGGCGUGGUCGAGGGCUGGUCCAGCCUGCAAUAAACGUCAAAAAACAGAGGGGAUGCAGAGGUCUAGGAAAACACAGACCCAAAACAACACCAUUCACGCUGGAAAACAAGACCACUGAUUGAUCUCUUGGUGCUGUUUUGAUCUCUUGGUGCUGUUUUAGAUUCGUAAAGCGACUGUGCGCGUAAAGGACAAAGAGGAGAGAGGAUGCUGUAAGCAAUCUCGACUGCUCCCGCUUUGCCUGUCCUUUCCUUUUUCUCAGUUUUCUUCCUAUCCUCGUUCUCCUCUGUCCCACACUGGGGAAAGAAGAUGAGUCGGUCUCCCACCCCUAAAGGGACGCCGGUCCAGCACAGUCCCGUAGAUGGAGAAUGUCUGGAGGGCGAAAUGAUCCAGUCUCCGCAGCAGUCCACGCCAUCCAGCGGCCUGAAGAAACGUGUAUCCAGCCUCCUGCAAAGCCCUUCGUUUCGAGAGGAGCUGGAUGUGUUGAUUCAGGAGCAGAUGAAGAAAGGAGGCAGCUCCUCCAACCUGUGGGCUCUCAGACAGAUCGCAGACUUCAUGGCCACUCAUGGGUCUCCAGCCGCUCUUCCCGUCACUCCAUCCACAGCCGUCACCAUCGUAACCCCCAUCAAUGAUCUGCACGGAUGGGAGCCGAGCUCUAUGGUGAAGGGGGAGAGACUGAUGCGCUGUAAGCUGGCCAGUGUUCACCGCCUGCUGGAUCUGUACGGAUGGGCUCAACUGGCGAACACAUGCCUCACAAUGCGUGUCAGUAAAGAACAGGAACAUUUCCUGGUGCUGCCAGACGGUCUGGCCUACGGGGAGGUGACGGCCUCCAGUCUGGUGAAGGUGAAUAUUCUGGGUGAGGUGGUGGAGAAGGGUAGCACUGCUCUCGCAGUGGAUCUGUCUUCGUUCAGUCUUCAUUCUGCCAUCUAUUCUGCCCGACCGGACGUCCGGUGUCUGCUGCACCUCCACACUCCAGCCACAGCCGCGGUGUCAGCCAUGAAAUGUGGCCUUCUUCCGCUGUCCCAUGAGGCUUUGUUGGUGGGUGAAGUGGCUUAUUAUGACUAUAAUGGAGUGAUGGAGGAAGAAGAGGAUCGAGUGGAGCUCCAGAAGAGCCUCGGCCCCACAUGCAAGGUGUUAGUAUUGAGGAACCAUGGGAUCGUGGCACUGGGAGAAUCAGUGGAGGAGGCCUUUUACACAAUCUACCACAUCCAGACCGCCUGUCAAAUACAGGUGGCAGCACUGUGCAGUGCAGGAGGAGAACAAAACCUCAUCAUGCUGGACCGCAACGUUCACCGGCCGGUCGCCAAAGGCACCGUGGGCUGGGCGGGAUCCACCUUUGGCCCCAUGCAGAAGAGCAGGCUGGGGGAGCAUGAGUUUGAAGCUUUGAUGAGGACACUGGACAACCUGGGUUACCGUACAGGAUAUGCCUACCGUUUCCCGGUUCUGCUGGAGCGCUCCAGAACCCGGCGAGAGGUGGAGGUUCCUGCCACCGUCACUUCAUUUUCCUUCCAUGAAGAUGGGGUUCAGCCCCAUCCGCGUCUCCAUCCUCACACCCAGAGGCAGCAGCAGAAGACCAGGUGGCUGAACACCCCAAAUGUCUAUCAGAAAGUCAACCAGGACCAGGCCAGCCCGGGACAUCGCACUACGUGGCAAAAGUCUGAGGAAAUCACACAAGGCAGUGGACGAGCCAUAAAGAUUGAGAAUCCAAACCAGUUUGUUCCUCUGUUCACCAAUCCAAAAGAAGUCCUCGAGACUAGAAAUAAGAUAAGAGAGCAGAAUCGUCAAGACAUGAAAACAGCCGGACCUCAAUCUCAAGUGCUAGCCAACGUCAUCACAGACAACAGUCCACCGUCUCCUGAGAUUGUUGAGCCUCCAGUCCCACCAGAGCCGGAGACUCCAAACCCCUUCAACGAGCUGACGGAUCAUGAGCUGGAGGAAUAUCGCAAGGAGGUCCAGCGCAAACAACACGGCCAGCAGGACGGUGUGGAGGAGGUGGUGAAUGACACGGGGUCUUCCCCAACUACCUCCCCCAUAAAGACCCCAGCGGCGUCAGAUGAAAAAACUGCAGAUGCUGUUCAAAAUGAUAAAGGUGAUGAGAAGAAGAAGCAGGAGGAGCUUGAAAAGCAAAUGAAGGCGCUAUCGACCACUGACACUUCAGAAACCACGCUCUCAGCCCCGCCCACAGCCCCGCCCAACAAGCCUGCAGGAAACACCCCCGAGGGCUCGCCGUCCAAAUCCCCAUCCAAGAAAAAGAAGAAGUUCAAGGCGCCCUGUUUUCUCAAGAAAAGCAAGAAACAGAAAGAAAAGGCAGAAACUUGAACUCUUACAGAUACGUUUUCUUCACUAAUACUUCACAUCCACUGUGUAUCCAUUUACUGACCUUGCCAGCGGGAACCUUGAUGUCAAAACAAAAUCAAAUUCACAUCAAGCGAAAACAUGACAAAAAUCCAGCCUAAUCUCACGAGGAAAUGUAACUAUUUUACUUUUUGUCAUUUUAGUAGCUAAUUUCAAGCUAUUUUAAGUUCACUCGUAUGAAAAUGUAAGAAGGAGGCAUGACACCAAGCCCCACCCCUAAACCCAACCCUCAUUGGUGGAUAAGCAAAUCAUAUUUAAUUGUACGAAUGAGAUCGUACAAUUUCAUACGAAUUAACCACUAAAUCAAAGUUACGAAUUGCCGUGAGAUAGCAUUGGCUUUGUCAAUUUAGCACGGAAAUAAGAAAAUCUGAAAAUGUAUGAAAGUUUAGUACUAAAAUGUAGGAGGCGUGGCACCAAACCCCACCCAUAAACCCAACUGUCAUGGGGGGAUGAGCAAAUUGUACUAAAUUGUACAAAUGAGAUCAUACAAAUUAGCUAACAAAUCAAAAAGUUACGAAUUGCCAUGAGAUUGCGUUGAUUUUGUCAGUUUAGAAUAAAAAUAUGCAAGUCCAAAAGUGUACAAAAGUAUAGUGUAUAAAUGUAUGAUUUUUAAAUGGAGGCACGUCACCAAACCCUACCCCUAAAACCAAUUGUCUUGGGGGGAUGAGCAAGUCGCACUAAAUUAAUAUUAAUUUAAUAAUUCAUGAAUAAAUAAAUCAAAAAGUUACAAAUUGCCAUAAGAUAGCAUUGAAAACCUUGACGUCCAGUUGCAUUGAUGUCGUUUUGGUCACCAAAAUAACAAUGCAAAAAAAUAUUACAAAAUAAGAUUUAUGUAUUCUGAUUGCAUGUCAAUUUUUCAUCCAUAUGGAUUACAUACUUUUAACAUAAUUUAACUGACUGAACAGACAAUGACUAAUAUUUGUUAGUUAAACAUUAAUGAAACAAGAUCUUGAUGUCAAAAUGAAAUCAAAUUGACCGAGCAAAAACAUGUCAAAAAUGCUAAUUGAUUUGUUGUCCAAACCCAGCCUGAUCUCACGAGAAAACAUAACUAUUUUACGUUUUUUCAGUUUAGUGGCUAAUUUGUAUGAAUUUGUAUGAGUUUAGUUUUACAAAAAA